UCGUCUCUUCUCCCCAUUCAUCCUCGUCCUCUUACAUUGCCUGAGCACUCUUUGUCUUCAAAUCUAUCGUUAAUCUUGAAACUGGGGGAAAUACAGUAACGCAUCCAAUCCACAUUCCGAUCGACCUGACCAUAUCAUCUUGUACAAAACUCAACGUUCUCGCAGCGCACGCGAUCAUCCACCAUGGACAUGGAGAUUGAAGACAUGGACAUGCAAUACGCGCUGGAGGCGUCGAACGCGGCCACAUCCUUGUCAGACAAGCCCCUACGACCACUUGUCAAAAUUGACGAUGCGCAUCCCUUUGAUCUUGAUGGAUAUAUUUCUGGUUACUCUGGCCGAGCGGCCAUUGAUCGUCUAAAUCAUAUCAUGAACACCGCACCAUCUCUCUCCCCUCGAGCUUUGACCACCGCUUUGUCACUUCUCACUCUCCCAAACCAACGUGACACGCAUCUCUACCAACUCCUUCUUUCAACUUAUGAUCAUGCUGUCGCAAGCGACCCAUCACUCCCGCCGUUGGUCGAUGUCAUCCCAGAUCAGUCGCCAUAUCUUCAGUGGAUAGAGGAGACGAACGCAAAGAACAAUGCAGAACGCACAAAACUCGAGGUCGAGCUGAAGACAUACACGAAUAACAUGAUCAAGGAGAGUAUCAGGAUGGCCCAUCGGGAUCUGGCGGCCCAUUUCAGGAGUACCGGAGCUUAUGAAGCCUCACUGAGGCAUUACACGAAGUCGAGAGAGUUCUGUACGACGAGCCAACAUGUAUUGGAGAUGUGCAUGUCUGUACUGGAGCUACUCAUCGAGCAACGCAACUUUGCACACAUUCCAACAUACACCUUCAAAGCAGAAUCUGCUCUAGAAGCUAUUGCUUCCUCUGCCUCCAAUUCUCAACCCCAGUCCGCCACUGCUAUUGGCGCAUCCGGAACCACGGGUGGCACAUCAUCUUCUCGCAAAAGCGAACAACACAUCUCGAGUAACGCCAAACUCACCCUCGCCACUGCUCUCUCACUCCUUGCCCAGGGUAACUAUCAGAAGGCGGCCAGCAAGUUCCUUUCACUCCCUCCCAACCCGUCGAUGCUAUCUCCGUGGGCGGGAAACGUUAUUUCUCCCGGUGAUGUAACGGUAUACGCGACACUUUGCGCCUUGGCGACUUUGGAGAGAGGUGAGGUGAAGAGGAGGGUUGUCGAAGGUGACGGCUUGCCAGGUGAAGGUGAGGGAAUGAAGGAGAUUGUUGAUGCGUGGAUGGGUAGUCGCUUCAAGAGUGUAUUGGAACUGCUAGAGAAGUUCUCUGCCCGCCACAUGCUCGAUCCUCUGCUCGCGCCACAUAUUUCUGCGCUCACGGCAAGCAUUCGCUCACGGGCUCUCGUCCUCUACUUCCAACCCUUCGCUACCAUCCGCUUGGAACGUAUGAGCAAUGCGUUCGGCUGGACUAUCGAGGAGACGGAGAAGCAGGUCGUAUCCCUCAUCCAGCGCGGUGAUAUCCAUGGUCGCGUAGACAGUCAGAAUAAGAUCCUGAAAGCGAGGUCGACGGACCAAAGAGCUCAGUUGUUUGCCAGAGCUUUACAGUCGGGCGAAGAUAUGCAAGCGGCGACGAGAAAGCUUCUGCUUCGCAUGAAGUUGCAACAAGCCGAACUGGUCGUACGGAAGUUACAGAACUCGGGCGGGCAAGGCACCCAAGACUAAUGAAUUUUUUCCGAACCAUGUCGAUGUUUUCUUGUAGCCGAACUUGUAACACCACAUCGCAAAUGCAAUUGCUAUUGAUCGAACGUCUUAC